UACCAACACGACGUGGCUGAUUCUCCUGCGUCAGAUUUGUUUGCUGACGUGGUGUGAUCUAGGGUAUACAAAAGUUGACGCUAAUCCGCUUAAGCAGUGGCCAAAAAAUGGUAAUGCUAGUACGUACUUCUAACUUGACUCACUGCGUUAGUACGUUGUGAGAGGUUUUUUAAAGCUUGGAAAAAUGGCUGCACGAGCUACUAUCGCUCCUCCUUCAACGACCACGCUUUUCCUGUGCCAAGGGGUUCGUGUUUCGACAGGCGUGCAGAGGGCGAUAAAACAGAGACGGUGCGUUAGGAUGGCUGCUGCUACCAAAAUUGUCGCACAGUUUGAGCUUAAGCCUCCACCAUAUCCACUGACUGCAUUGGAGCCACAUAUGAGCAAACAGACAUUUGAGUAUCAUUGGGGAAAGCACCAUAGAGCUUAUGUGGAUAACCUGAACAAGCAGAUUGCCGGAACGCAGCUAAAUGGAUUGUCUUUAGAAGAUGUCAUAGUUACGACCUAUAACAAGGGUGAUUUUCUUCCACCUUUCAACAAUGCUGCGCAGGUGUGGAACCAUGAUUUCUUCUGGGAAUCUAUGAAACCAAAUGGUGGAGGAAAGCCAUCUGGAGAGCUUCUAGAAAUGAUUGAACGGGAUUUUGGUUCUUUUGAAAACUUUGCAGCAGAGUUUAGAUCAGCUGCAGCAACAACAUUUGGUUCCGGAUGGGCGUGGCUUGUUUACAAAUCAAAUCAACUCGAUGUUGGAAAUGCUGUGAAUCCUAGACCUUCGGAGGAUGACAAAAGACUUGCGGUGGUCAAGAGUCCCAAUGCUGUAAACCCACUUGUUUGGAAUGAUGUCCCACUUCUUACUAUUGAUGUUUGGGAGCAUGCUUACUACCUUGAUUAUCAGAAUCGGCGUCCCGAUUAUAUAUCAAUUUUCAUGGAGCACCUUGUUUCAUGGGAAUCAGUUAACCGGAGACUUGAAACUGCAAAGGCUCAAGCUGCAGAAAGAGAGAUAGAAGCGAAGAAGAAAGCAGAGGAAUGAGACGAGAAUGUGGCAGAAUAAAAGGUUUUCAUACAACCUCUAUUGCAUGAACUUGUUUAUCACAUAGAUCACUAGAUCAGUGUGUGCGGCUUGGGCAAAACUUUUUUGUUGUAUCCAGAUUUCUUACUGUGGCUGUCUGUCGUGUCUGUGUUUGGCAUGUCCUGUUUUUCCGUAAAGUAUUGAAUAAAGAAGCGUGGAUUUGAACUCUAAA